GGUGAUAAAACAACGGAAAAUGACGAAGUAUCGGAUAAAAAUCAGAGCGCCAAAGAGGAGAGAUCCGAGGCGGAGGAGGAAAGCCGUGCGGUGAAAGGAGACGGCGACAGCAAAACGGGUGAACGAAAAGGGCGCGAUGCAAGUGAUGAUUCUGAAGAGGGUUCAGCCACAGAAACCGACGAAAACGAUUUGGGAAGCUCGCAGGGCAGUGCCUACUCGGAAGAGGGAAGCGCGGAUCAAGGGGGGGAAGAGCACGGGGAAGUGGAUAGUUCGAAGGAAACCGGACGGGAAACGGUGCGCCGGCGAGCCCACCGACGAGCCCGUAGAACAAACGACGAUUUUGUUUUGAUUGAUAAAACUAGUGAUCAAUAA